AAUUCUAUUAUUUCCAUGUAUGUGUGAAACACUGAGCCUUCGGAUUUCAUUCUUCACAGCAAGUCGCAACCUGGUUUCUUGUGGGCCCGCUUGGGCCUCUGCUGUGGACCGUAUCAGUCUAUGAUUUAUUAUUCAUUUAUUGUUCCUUUAAACCCAGAAUCGAAGAUCAAAACGUCAAGAAGAUGAGGCUAUUAACACACAAUAUUCUAAGAUCGGAGAUCAGGGGAGUAACAAACAACUACCCUCUCAAAAUCGAAGUAAAAGAAAUCAGCGUAAUUGAAGCGACAUUCGAUCGUAAAUAUCUCAAGGAAGUGUUCUCGACGAUCAAUUGGAAAGCCCUAGUCUACGCGUCAAAGGCAUUGGGGUUCACCGAGCUUCCUGACGAAGUCCCCGACGCGUUGCUCGAUUCCGAUGAGUUUUUGAAGAAAUUCCAUUAUGCACUCCUUGAGCUUCAUCUCGAGGAAGGCGCACUGCUUUGCCCACAGACUGGUCGCGAGUUCCCUGUUAGGAAUGGGACACCUCAUAUGGCUCUCAGUGAAAAUGAGAUGCGCCACCUAAGUAAGGAGGAGUACGAGGAGAGUCUGAAGAAACAAGAGGUUGAAGGGAGUAGCACAUGUACACAGAAACGAGACGUCAAGGUGAGUAAGAAAAAAAAGGCAAAAAAGGUUCGAAAAGCAAAGGAACCCAACUACAAGCCAAAAGUAGAGUUCAUAUCCAUGAGCAGUGACAGCUCAUGUGAUGAUUUUGACAAAGACGAUAUCUCCACAGAUGCUUUGGAAACCGGUGAUAAAAAAGAAUGAUAAACAGGAAAGAAAGAAAGAACAACAAGGUUUUGUUGGAAUAAGGUUUUGGUGUUUUUUUUUUUUAUAAAUUUUGUGUUUUCAGUUGUAUUGGUAUUUAGAUCUUAUGUGUUUGAUGUUUUUUUUGUAAGGCCACAAAACCUUGGUUUAUCUCAAUCCUCACGCUAACUACAAUUUGCAAGUAUUUGUGAAACAUCAGUUUAUUUGUAAUAAGCAUUCAUAAACAUCAUUUUAUUAAGAGCAGAGUUGUCAAGCCUCU